CCUUUAUCUAGUAUUAUAUGUCUCUAGCUCCUCUCAGAGGCUCUCCCUUCAAUGACAGACCUCACAUUAUUAGCAUGUCACACUCACUUAAUGACUCGAGAUGUAAAAGAGGCAGAGAAUGUAUUGAGUGGAUUUCCAGUAACUAAUAACAGGUUGCAUACUGAGCCUACAGAAGAAUAUGGACGUAUACUAAUACUAUGGUAUCAGUCACUGCUUCACAUUGCUAAAGGAGAUAUGGAGAAUGCUUCAAGUAUAGCAAUGCAUUGUUUACAAACAUUGGUACAAUUCCAAGAAGAAAGAGCUGGUAGUAUUAGUGAAGAGAUUAACCUUAAACUAAUCAAUUUAAAAAGAAUGCUACUAAACAAUUGUGCUGUUUUUGCAAUUGCCAAGAAUAACUUCAGUCAUGCCCAUUCUUUACUCACUACUUCGAUAAGUCUGGCACCAGAUCAUGACCUUUUAUCAAGUUACAAUUACUGUCUAUUGCUCAUAAAGUUGGGUAAAGUGAAAGAUGGCUGCAAGUACUGGUUAGAAGAGACCAAGAAUAACACACAAGAAAAUUUCAAGGGCAGUUUUCAACAGCUGACAAAAUAUUCAAACACUGUGCCACUAGAAAAACAAUCCUUUGAUGUUAUAACAUUAUGAACAAUUGCUGUCCUUCCCACAAAAGAUCUUAAAUAUAUUAACUAUAGUAUCAUAA